AUGCCGACGCUUCAGCUGAUAGCGCGUUCGCUAACCGGCCUCGGUCGCUACGACCCCGGCGCGUUGCGACUGAUGCGCGGCAUAGACAUGACCUUGACGAUCGUUGCCGCUUCGCUGUUGGCGAUGCAACUGGCUCGUCUUUUUCAGUCUCCCGUCUCCGGUUUUGAUCUUGCCGUGCUCGCGGCCGGAGCGGGAGCCGGCAUACUCGUGUUCACACCUGUAUCGACCAGAAGGCAGGAAACAUCCGACAUUUUCUGGCUCGGCGUCAUAUUGACGGUAAGUUUUGCAAUCGGUGCCGUGAUCAUCACGUUGUUUCAGGAAACGGCCAUCCCGGUUCUUCAGGUUCUUUGGAUUGGCGUGAUCGCGGUCGGCUUCGGCAUGGAUGGGCUUGGGCCGUUCUGGCUCAGGGCAGGGCGGAUGCUGGCAAUUUUCUGGAUCUUUGUCGUCGUUGCCAGCCAACCCGUCGCACCCGGUAUCUGGCUACCAGCCAUGGGCGCAUUGGGAACUGCAGUCGCAUUUUUCUUCCGCAUCUGCCUGUGGCGGCCGUCGCCGACGAAAACCUUGAUGCGUGUGGAAAAGACCAAUCGGAAAGUCAUUGCAGAGUAUCUUCAACUUGCUGCUCUGGGCAGCCUGAACAGUGCCGGUUUGCGCAAGAAGAACCUCGCGCGGCUUGCCGUUCUUCGGACCGAGCUGGAAACCUGCAUCCAGUUGAUCGGUCCCAAAAACGAUUUGAGGGCGUUGUCGCCGGAAGCCGCUGCCAUGAUGCAGCUCGCACUGGAAGUUGUCAGGGAAGCAGUCUCGGCCCUUUCGGAUCAAUGCCGUGCCCAGUUGACUGAAGGGACAUCCUACCGGGACACCGUUCGGGACUUGAUAGGCACCCUUGAGACAGGGGAACAGGUCACGGCAAAACCGGGCCUGGACAACGUUUGGUCCCGUUCGCUUGCGGAUGUUUCAACCGAUGAUCAGUUCCAUCUUCUUCGCAUCGUGCAAGCGUUUCAAAGACUGUGGCAGUUGUCCCGGUCGACCGAAAACAUACGGCCUGGACCGAAUGCUGCCGGCAGUUCGGUGCAGUCGCGAUGGUGGCGAAAAAUUUCGUGGGAAUUGGCGCUUCAAGCCAGUGCCGCCGCCGCGACCUGUUAUGGAUUGGGUGUCUAUUUCAACCUGAGUCACGUCUAUUGGAUCACGGUCACGGUCGUCGUCGUCAUGUGUGCCAGUCUUGGGGCGACCGUCAAAAAAACGGUUUCUCGGACUGUGGGGACCGCAAUUGGUGUGUCAAUUGCCUUGGCCGUGGAGCCCGUUCUCGCGCAGUUUCCGGAAAUCCGGCUGGUGCUGAUCAUCCUGUUGCUGCCACCGAUUGUUGUCUUUCUGGAACGGAAUUACGGCAUUGCAUCCGGAAUCAUAAGCUUUGUCGUGUUGAUUGGACUUCAGGCGCUCACGGGAAUGCCGGUCGCUCAGUUCUGGCCACGCCUUUACGACACGCUGAUCGGAGCCGCCGCAGGCCUGGCCGCGGCCAGGCUGCUGUUGCCGCGGAAAAGCGCUGAAAACGUUCACGCACUGGCAGUCGACUAUAUCACCGCCUGUUACAAAUACCUGAAAGUGGAGAAUCGGACCGAAGCGGAGCAAAAGAAGGAAUAUGCCAAACUGAAGUCAGCGGCGAACAACCUGGUAUCUGCCGCGCAGGACUAUCGCGUGGAACAAUCGCCCUGGGCUUCCUUCGCGAAUUCCUACGAUGAGCUUGAUAUCAUGGUUCUGGUUCUUGCCGAUUAUGUUGUUCUCUAUCGCCAGUCGCGGAUGACCGUCGUGGCAGAGACCGCAAAAUACGACUUCGAGCCACCGCUCUCGCCGAUCAUCGCCAAAAUGGACAAGCGGAUGCAUGAUGAAUUCGAGGCAGUUCUGGACGGCAGGGAGAAACAGACCGUUCCCGGUCUGGUUGAAGAAUGGAAGUCCAUGAUACCAGUAGCCGGCGGGAGAGGAGAACAACUCAUGACCGACUGGGUUGCGAUGCUCUAUUACGUGCGGAAGCUCACUACCUGCCUGGAUGGCUUGAGGCGGGAUCCCAAGUGGGCCGCAGCCCUGGCGCUGGACCGGUGA